AUGUUUAUAGUUAGUGGGCCUCCACUGAAAUUUCAAACCCCGAUAACAAUUCUUAUUCUUAUAGAAACUUCACUAUUAAGACAAACUCAAACAGAGGCAAAGAAAGAACAGCAAAUAAUGUCCCUUAGUAGGUUGGCGAAUACCUGUGCCCAUUUACAAAACUGCUCUCAAGUGAGAACUACUCUCACCUCUGUACCUUACACGAAACUACAAUUACAAUUUGCAUAUGUAUUGUACAAGCAAGGGUUCAUCUCCUCUCUACAAAAAGGAAGUAAGAAGGGCCCCGAUCAAGAAGAAGUAGAGGUGACUCCUGAUAAUAUAUCCACGAGGAGACUGUGGGUGGGCCUCAAAUACAGAGAUAAUAAACCAGUAUUGAGAUCUUGUCAACUGGUUUCGAAACCCAAGUUGAGAAUCAAUUUGAAAGUACCAGAAAUGAAGAAAGUUUGUUCUGGACAAUCUGUCAGAUUGAUUAAACCUUUGCAACCAGGAGAAUUGAUGAUGGUUCGUACUCAGGGGACUGUCAUGGAUAUAAAUGAGGCAAUCUCUAAAAAUUUAGGUGGUGAAAUACUUUGUAGAAUUAAAUAA